AUGGAAAUCCUCUUCAAGACGAGUGGCGUUGCCAAGUCGAACCCUUCAAUUAGAGCUUCGAAAUCCAAAAGCUCCGGAUUCGCUUGCCCCUCUUUCCCCCUGCAAAAUUUGCUCACCCCAACACCUCCCGCAACUCCCUCCGGCGUGGUCGUGGGCCUGACGGCGGAUAUCGUCCGGGAUGAGCUCCGCCUCCGCCUGGGGUUUACGGUGGGAAAGGCGCCGCCGUCGGGGAUGGAACCGGUGAGUGGUUGUUUGUCGGGGAUCUUGGAGGUGGGUCCGGCGCCGUCGUCCUUCAUCCGUCAGCGCAGAGGCUCGACAAAUUGCAGAAAUCUUAGCUCUGAAAAGGAGUUAGGGAAAGAGAGGAACCCUAGCGCCAUUAGUGGAAAAAUCGAGAUCUCUAUUGGGAGAGCCGUGAGUCGAUUGCACUUUGUCUGA